AUGACGGCUACGACGGAAAAGUCGAUUUCCACUUGCGGCUUUAUUCCUGCUUUGCUGGGUGGAGCCUUCGCGGGGACAUCUGUCGACAUUGCGCUCUUCCCACUCGACACGAUCAAGACACGACUACAGUCUGCUCAUGGAUUUUUCAAGGCUGGUGGCUUUCGAGGCAUUUACUCGGGCUUGUCGGCUGCAGCUGCUGGUUCAGCUCCAGGAGGUGCCUUGUUUUUCAGCACCUACGAGACUUCCAAGUCACUAUGUAGCAUGAUUGCUCCGAACAGGCAGCAUUCUCCUCUCGUUCAUAUGGCAGCUGCUGCUUCGGGUGAAAUGGCGGCAUGUUUGGUGCGCACGCCUACCGAGAUUGUGAAGCAGCGCAUGCAGACGGGUGUUUACACGUCACUACCACUAGCAUUUAAUGCAAUACGAGCAGCUGAAGGUAUGGUGGGGUUUUACCGAGGAUACUGGAGCAUGAUUGCACGAGAGAUUCCCUUUUCGUUCAUCCAGUUUCCACUGUGGGAAAGUUUAAAGUAUCAAUGGUCGAAGAAACAAAACGGUACCGUUUCUUCUCUGCAGGGAGCGUUAUGUGGAUCGGUUGCUGGUGGUAUAGCAGCGUCUAUCACGACCCCGCUCGACGUGGUCAAGACGCGUCUGAUGCUUGGUAAGGAUGCCAAGGGCGUUCCAUACAAGGGCAUGCUAAGUACACUGGCGCGCGUUUACACUGACGAAGGCUUGAAGCGUCUGUUUCUGGGCAUAGGUCCACGCUCAAUGUGGAUCAGCAUUGGCGGCUUUGUUUUCUUUGGUAUGUAUGAGAAAAUUACAUCGACAUUUGUAUCAAUCAUGUAA